AUGUGGGGCGCGCUGGUGCUGAGCCGGCGCGGGCUGCGGCGCGGCGCGCGCUCGCGCACCUUUGCGUUGCGCGAGCUGGAGGACGCCGAGCACGCGCCGCCGAGGGAGAACGUGUACGUGGACGUGGACGCGGGCGGGCAGCUGUGCGCGCGCGGCGGCGUGGCGCGGGCGGCGCGCGCCGCGCGGCCGGCUGACGCGGCGCCGCACGCGCACGCGCUGCUGUGCGCCGCGACGCCGCGCGGCCGCGAGCCGCGCCUGCUGCUGCGGCUGGCGGCGGACGCGGCGCCGCUGCUCGAGCUGCGCCUGUGGUUCGACGAGCCCACGCUGGCGCUGCUCGACAUGCCCUUCCUCACGCUGCGCAACAUCGUUGCCACGGCACGGUACGUGUGCCACGAGUGCGGCGCGCAGUUCGAGCAGCCCAACCCUCUAAAGCUGCACCUGUUCCUGGCGUGCGCGCCGCUCGAGCCCGGCGCGCUGUGGCGGCGCGUGACGGCGCGCCUGCGGGCCGCGGCGCCGCCCCCCGCGCCGGAGCCCGCGCGGCUGGAGGCGCUGGCGGCGGCGUGGGGGCGAGGCGCGCGCGGCCACGCCUGCGUGUUCUGCGGCAAGCUGUACUCGCGGCGCUACGGGCUGAAGAUCCACAUCCGUACGCACACGGGCUACAAGCCGCUGCGCUGCCGCCACUGCCUGCGCGCCUUCGGCGACCCCAGCAACCUCAACAAGCACGUGCGCCUGCACGCGCGCGCCGACGAGCGCGCGCCGCACGCCUGCGCGCUGUGCCGCAAGCCGCUGGCGCGCCGCCGCGACCUGCUGCGCCACCUGCGCGCGCACCACGCGCCCGACGCGCUGGCGGCAGGCGCGGAGCUGGAGGCUGAGGAGCUGGACGGCUGAGUGUCGGACCCCGACACGACGAUGUCGCUCGUAUCGAAUGUACAGCUCGAAGCACAUUGGCGGAGAGUUGAAGCGCUGGGCCGCGGUGGCGUGGCCACUGGUACCUGUGACCGGGUGUGUGAUUCUAAUCAGGGAUCAGGAACCCCGCCAAGACGAGUAACUAUACUAUCUAUUUCAAAGGUCCGAGCAUUUUCUUUGUAGAUAAAAAUUGUAUUACUAAGAAUUCAAUUAUUGU